AUGGAGCAGAGACCAGACAUCCUCGUCUCCGUUGACCUGGGGACGACAUACACGGGCGUCGCGUGGAUGACGCCCCGGAUGCCGGUCCAGGUCAUCAACAACUGGCCCAGCGACGGCGGCCAGAAUGAACGCAAGGUGCCGACGACGCUGCUGUACAACGGCGACGGCGUGACCGUUUCAUCAUGGGGCUUCGCGUGCGCCGAGGACGACCCGCGGGGCAAGAUACGCAGGGAGUUCUUCAAGGUCUUCCUCGACGGCGAGACGCUGAGCGCGGCGCAGAGCCAGGGUCUGCCGAGCGCGCCCGCCAGCGUGGCCGACGCGCAGAGGAUGGUGGCCGACUUCCUGAGGCAGAUCUACGCGCACCUCCGCGAGACCAUAGAGGCCGUCAUGGGGGGCGUGUCGUGGGACACGCUGGCGGUGCGGUUCCUCUUCAGCUGCCCGACGACGUGGGACAUUGACAAGGACACCGUCAACAACUUCAAGGCAGCUAUCCGGGCGGCUGGGUUCGGCGCCGGCGGGUUCCGGCACUCGGCCGUGGUGGAUCUGACCGAGGCCGAGGCGGCGGCCGUGGCGACACUCAAGAUGAGCCCGGUGCCGUUUGACAGCGGCAGCCUAUUCCUGACGGUCGAUGCCGGCGGGGGCACGACGGACCUGGCCCUGAUGCGCAUCACCAGCAACGACAUGUCGUUCCCGCAGAUGGCCCAGGUCAAGUCGGUUGACGGCAUGGGCAUCGGGGGUUCCCUCAUCGACAUUGCCUUUCGGAACCUGGUCCAGCAGCGGCUCGCCAUGCACCCAGACGUCUCGUGUCACCUGCCCCAGGACCUGGCCCCGUCCAUGGCCCGGAGCCCCUACUACAUCAGCCUCAAGCACAAGUUUGGCCAGCGCGCGUGGAUGCAGGCCCCCGUCUUCAAGAUUAGGAUGGAUGGCGUCUCGCACGAAUUUAGCCACCCGGGGCUCGGCGUCGAGGCCGGGUGUAUGGUCAUCUCGAGGGAUCAGUUCCAGGCCAUCUUUGACAGGCAGGUCCAGGGCGUCAUUGCCCGCAUCGACCAGCAGCUCGACUGGGUCAGGGAUCACUAUCCCAAUGAGCAGGUGAGGUACAUGAUGCUUUCGGGCGGACUGGGCAGCUCCGUCUACGUCAAGGACCAGAUCGCCGCCCGGUACGCGAACCAACCGCACCCCGCCGCCGUCGGCAUCCGCAUCGUGCCCUGCAACGAGCCCCAGCUCGUUGUCGCCCGGGGUCUUCUCCUAGAUGAGCAGCAAAAGUGGCAGACCGGCAGCACCAUGUCGGUCCUGUCGACGCGGGUGGCCCGUGCCAGCUACGGCAUCAUAGUCAUGGAGGAGUACGUACCCAGCUUGCACUAUGGCGAGACGGUCUUCAACGACCGGUUUGACCCCAAGAAGCAAUGGGUCUCCAACCAGAUCCAGUGGCUGAUCAAAAAGGGCGACAUGAUUCACCCCAACGUGCCGUUGUCGAAGCCGUUCCACUACCGGCUGGCCGAGAGUGACCUGACCAGGUCCUGGACCGUCGACAUCAUCACGUCCCGGAACGAGCCAUCGUUUCUGCCCCGCAGCAUGAGCCAAGCCGGCGCCAUCAAGCUCUGCGAAGUCAAGUGCAACCUCAACGGUGUCGCGCAGGAGCAGCUCGCCCUCCAAGAGAAGAAGGACGAGUGGUGGGAGCUUCUCUUCUCGUGCCUGUUCCGCCCUUCCGGAUAUAGGUACCGUGUGUGUCAGUUUGACGUCCGCGUCAUUGUUGCGCCGGCCGAUCUCAGGUUCGAGACGUGGUUCCAGGGCCAAAAGUUCUCGGGGAACCACCAGCCCAUCGAGGUGAAGUGGGAGUCUGGAGCUAAUGACUAG